AUGGGACUUGCUUCUGAAGUACAAAAGCGUGCGGGUAGUCUUCCUUUGGGUCUGAAAGUUUUUGGUUCGUUAUUCCGAGGCAGGAGCAAAGAGGAUUGGCUGGAUAUGCUGCCUAGGCUUCGUAAUAGACUGGAUGGAAAAAUUGAGAAGACUUUGAGAGUCAGCUAUGAUGAGUUUGAUAGCAGAGAAGAUAAAGCGUUGUUUCGUCACAUCGCAUGUCUCUUCAACGGUGCGAAAAUUGAUUACAUCAAAAUGGUCCUCGCAGAUAGUGAUUUGGAUGUUAAAAUAGGGCUGAAAAACCUAGUUGAUAAAUCCCUCAUACAUGUAAGAGGAGAUGUUGUUGGGAUGCACUGUUUGGUACAAGAAAUGGGCAAAGAAAUUGUUCGUACACAGUCUAACGAACCCGGGGAACAAGAAUUCUUGUUGGAUUGUAAGGAUAUUUGCGAUGUACUUGAGGAUAAUACUGGUACCAAAAAAGUCUUAGGUAUAUUGUUGGAUAUGUCGGGGAUUGAUGAGUUGCACAUUCACAAGAGAGCCUUUGAAAAGAUGCGCAAUCUCUAUUUUCUAAAGAUUAACAAUAAACCAUAUAAAAAUGUCAGAUGGCACAUAUCCGAAGGGUUCAACUAUUUGCCCCCAAAACUCAAAGUACUAAGCUGGAUAGGAUGCCCAUUAAGAAGUUUGCCUUCUAAUUUUUGUCCUCAACAUCUAGUUAAGCUCAAAAUGCAGAAUAGCAAGCUCGAGAAGCUGUGGGAAGGAGUUCAU